GACUCACCUGCUCAGAGCCUGUCAGGUUGGUGGGAGGAGACAGUCACUGUGCAGGAACACUGGAGGUGAAACAUCAGGGAGACUGGAGACAAGUGGAUGACGAUUACUAUGGCUGGACCCUGAAGGAAGCAGCUGCUGCCUGCAGAGACUUGGACUGUGGCUCUGCUGUUUCUGUAGAACAGAGAGAGGAGUUCUCAUGGAGAUCUGUGUGGAGGAUCAUGUCUGACUGUGUUCAGUCUGGAUCUGCUCUGAAGGAGUGUGCAACAUCAGAUUACUCUAACUCCAUCCUGGAUCUCAUCUGCUCAGACUCUGUCAGGCUGGUGAAUGGGACUAGACUGUGCUCAGGCAGACUGGAGGUGAAGACUAACCACUCUAACCACUCUAACCAGUGGUGGUCCUCAGUGUGUGAAGCUGACUUUGACCAGCAGGAUGCAGAGGUGGUCUGUAGGGAGCUUGGCUGUGGGGCUCCUUCAGUCCUCCAGGGGGCGCUCUAUGGAGACGUGGAGGCUUCAAUGUGGACCAAAGAGUUCCAGUGUGGAGGAACUGAGUCUGCUCUCCUGGACUGUAGAAGCUCAGGCUCAGAUAGAAACACCUGCUCACCUGGCAAAGCUGUUGGACUCACCUGCUCAGAGCCUGUCAGGUUGGUGGGAGGAGACAGUCGCUGUGCAGGAACACUGGAGCUGAAACAUCAGGGAGACUGGAGACAAGUGGAGGGCCGUUACUAUGACUGGACCCUGAAGGAAGCAGCUGCUGCCUGCAGAGACUUGGACUGUGGCUCUGCUGUUUCUGUAGAACAGAGAGAGGAGUUCUCAUGGAGAUCUGUGUGGAGGAUCAUGUCUGACUGUGUUCAGUCUGGAUCUGCUCUGAGGGAGUGUGCAACAUCAGAUUACUCUAACUCCAUCCUGGAUCUCAUCUGCUCAGUGACAGUCGGUGGUUUCCAUUGGACUGAACUGUAA